AUGGGAGCCGAACACGCCGUCGCCCAGCCGUUCACGCUCGCGAGCCAGAUCCCGCUACGCCGCGGCGCGCAGCUGCCCCGCCUCGGCUUCGGCGUCUUCCAGUCGAGCAACGCCAAAGCGUCGACCAUCCACGCGCUCGCCAUGGGCUACCGCCACGUCGACAGCGCGCGCUACUACAAGAACGAGGACGAGGUGUGCGCGGCCGUCCACAAGUUCAAGGACGGCAUGCCCAACGAGGGCAACGGCGCCGUGUGGCUCACGACCAAGGUCCAGGGCCAGGAGCAUGGGACGGCGGCGACCGCGAAAGCGGUCGACGAGAGCGCCGCUAUCGCGAAGCGGUACGGCUUGACCUGGGAUCUCUUCCUCCUCCACGACCCGACGGCCGGCAAGCAGAAGCGGCUCGAAGCGUGGAAGGUCCUUCUCGAGAAGCGCGACCAGGGCGUCUUCAAGUCGGCGGGCGUGUCUAACUUUGGCGUUCGGCACCUCGAGGAGAUCAAGGAGGCCGGCCUCGAGUUGCCCGAGGUCAACCAGAUCGAGCUGCACCCGUUCCUCCAGCAAAAGCCGAUCGUCGAAUACUGCGCAAAGGAGGGCAUCGUCGUCGAAGCCUACUGCCCGAUCCUCCGAGGACAGCGCUUCGACGACCCGACGCUCGAGAAGCUCGCUAACAAGCACGGCGCUUCGGUCGCGCAGGUCCUCAUCCGAUGGUCCCUGCAAAAGGGCUUCGUUCCUCUGCCCAAGUCGGACACGCCCGGCCGCAUCCAGGAGAACUGCGACCUUGAGAACUUUGAGCUCGACGCGAGCGACCUUGGCGCCCUCGACAAGCUCGACGAGGGCUUUGCGGUUUCGUGGAACCCGGUCGACGUCGAGUAG